GGAAAAAAAUGCGCUCCAUCUCCUUCUUCUUCUAAGAGUAACGGCGACGAUCAAGCCCCCAAGGGCUCUUCUCCAAUGUUCGCCAAAAUCAAUGCUCCAACAGAAGAAUUUGGCUCUCCAUUCUAUAAAUUGAAGCUUCACAAGAUGAAAAAGGGAAAAAACCACACGGAAAUAAAGCAGCGGCUUGGCCGCUACUAUGGCUCGCCAGCGUUCGACUAUGGCGGCGGCGGCAGUAGCUCCGGCGACGGCUGUGGUCGAGGGUGGGCAGUCAUCAACAAGCUCCAAUUCUUCAAUUUCAUCUUCUUCAAUAAUUGGUAACCCUAUAUGUUAUUUCUUCAAUUUUUCCAAUUCUUGUAAAAGUGUUGUUUGAAUUCAUUUUUACAUUUUUGCUUGUUUGUUUGUGUUAGUUUUAAAAAUUCCAAAAUGGUUGGUGUUCUUUUAUGGUUUUUUUAAUGUUUAUAUUAAAUCCCUUAUGAAUGAAAAUUGAUUCUUACU